UUAAUUAGUCCCUUGAGAAUCCUAUAUAUCGAUGGCUCUAUCGGGGAAGUUAAUUGGUCAUGUAGAGAUCAGUAAGACCGGGGAUGUCUUUCAUGAUCUCUUUAGGCACAAGCCACAUGAGAUGGUUGCCAUAGCCCCUGAAAAGGUUCAUGACUGUGAGCUCCAUGAGGGUGAGAGAGGGGUCGUUGGAUCUGUCAUCUCUUGGCACUACACUCAUGAGGGAAAGAAGAAAGUAUCGAAACAGAUAAUAGAAGCGGUGAACGAGGAAAACCACAUGAUUGUGUUCAAGGUAAUCGGGGGCGAUCUAGUGGAAGAGCUAUACAAGAGCUUCACGAUCAUCUUGCACGUUGAGCAAAAGGGUGAGGUGCAGGUGGCUACAUGGACCUUUGAGUUCGUGAAACCGAAUACAAGUGUGCCCUAUCCAACUUCUUUGAUGGACUACCUUUGCAAUCUUGUCAAGGACUUGGAUGCCCAUGGCAAAUAA